AGAACCCUGCCAGCGGCCAUUGAGUUCCCGCGCGUCCCGAGCCUCUGGCCUGCAGACCCUUGGACCCCCUGGCAUCAUGACUGUCAAGAAGAUCGCAAUCUUCGGUGCCACUGGAAAGACCGGACUCACCACCAUGGCGCAGGCGGUGCAAGCAGGUUAUGAAGUCACUGUGCUGGUGCGGGACGCAUCCAGGCUGCCGUCUGAGGGGCCCCAGCCGGCCCACGUGGUCGUGGGUGACGUUCUACAGGCCGCCGAUGUGGACAAGACGGUGGCGGGACAGGAAGCCAUCAUUAUCCUCCUGGGCACUGGCACUGACCUCAGUCCCACGACUGUGAUGUCCCAGGGCACCCGGAAUAUAGUGGCGGCCAUGAAGGCGCACGGAGUGGACAAGGUCGUGGCGUGCACCUCGGCUUUUCUGUUAUGGGACCCUGCUAAGGUGCCCCCACGCCUGCAGGACGUGACCAAUGACCACAUCCGGAUGCACAAAGUUCUGCAGGAGUCUGGCUUGAAGUAUGUGGCUGUUAUGCCUCCACAUAUAGGGGACCAGCCACUCACUGGGGCCUACACUGUGACUCUGGAUGGACGGGGGCCUUCGAGGGUCAUCUCUAAGCAUGACCUGGGUCACUUCAUGCUGCGCUGUCUCACCACGGAUGAGUACAAUGGGCACUGUACUUACCCAUCCCAUCAGUACGACUAAGACCUUGCCCCUGCCUAGAAGGCUGGGAUUCUGGGAAAUGAGCCC